AUGGCGAAGAAGGAGAAGGAAAAGCGUGCAGGGGACACUGCUUCUUACGAGACGACAAGAGCUCGUGCAUGUCGUGCGUCACUUCAUUCAUCAGACACCCGAGUCGACGUGGUCGCCACCUUCCGACGCCACCGGCUGAAGACGACGCAACGAGUUCCUCCACUCGAACCCCCCGAGAAUCAACACCACCAACAAAACCAACCACCUCCUCCCCACCCUCGACAUCUUCCAGCACGCAAACACGCGAGUAACACGUAG